AUGAAGAGUGUAUCUCCACAGAGGCAGCUGGGGAUGAGUCAGCAGAAGUUCCAGCAGAGAGUCCAGGAGAGAGAGAAGGUUCUGAAGGAGCUCAAACAGGUUGAGGAGUCUCUCAAGAGCUCUGCACAAGCAGCAGUGGAGGACAGUGAGAGGGUCUUUACUGAGCUGAUCCGCUCCAUUGAGAGAAGACGCUCUGAGGUGAAGGAGUUGAUCAGAGCCCAGGAGAAGGCUGAAGUGAGUCGAGUUGAAGAACUCCUGAAACAACUGGAGCAGGAGGUGGCUAAGCUGAUGAGGAGAAACACUGAGCUGGAGCAGCUUUCACACACAGAGGAUCACAUCCAUUUCCUCCAGAGUUUUCAGUCUCUCUCCAUACCCAGUGUAUCUUCAGACUUACCCAGCAUUGUUGUCCAUCCUCUUCAGUACUUCAGAGAUGUGAGUAAGUCUGUGUCUGAGCUGAGAGAGAAACUAGAAAACCUCCUUAAAGGAGAAUGGACCAAGAUUUCCAGUACAGUGAAAACAGUGGAUGUUUUACUGCCUCCAGAACCCAAGACCAGAGAACAAUUCUUACAAUACUCCUGUCAGCUCACACUGGACCCAAACACAGCAAACAAACACCUCACCCUGUCUGAGGAGAACAGAAAGGUGACAUGUACAAGACAACCCCAUCCAUAUCCUGACCAUCCAGAAAGGUUCACUGGGUGGUUUCAGGUGCUGUGUAGAGAGGGUCUGUCUGGACGCUGUUACUGGGAGGUUGAGUGGAGUGGUCACACUGUUCAUACAGCAGUCUCCUAUAAAGACAUCAGCAGAGGGUCAGGUGAUGACUCCUUAUUCUGGCUACAUAAAAAGUCCUGGAGUUUACGGUGCACUAGGAAUGGUUAUUGUUUCUUUCACAAUACUGUUUUUACUAAAGUAUCAGGCCCUCUGUCCUCCAGAGUAGGAGUUUACCUGGAUCACAAGGCAGGUACACUCUCCUUCUACAGCGUCUCUUCUGACACAAUGACCCUCCUCCACAGAGUCAGGACCACAUUCACUCAGCCUCUCUAUCCUGGGUUUUAUCUUACUGGUACUGCAGAGCUGUGUAAACUGUAGAAAUCCACAAACCAGAUUGAUGAUUCAACAUGAUCUGUUUUUGUGCAAUUAUUUUUCUCAAAUAAUUUAUAU